UAUAGUUGUAAAAGUUGCAAGAAACCCGCCGCUUAAAACCUUUUCAAUCUUUAAAGUUAUUUAUUUUAUCAUAAAGUUAGAAUUUCUAAUUACUUUUAUCUAAGUGAAGUAAAGGAGCGAAAGAGAAGACUUAUUUAUUAUCAAACAUCUUCACACCAUCUAUAGUCUAAGUGGAGUGAUUGCCUCGCACAUAUUCCAUGUAUAUGUUUUCUUUCAAGCGAAUUAAAUGCUUAAUUGAUCGACCCUUAUGGACUCUUGUAUAGAAGACGAGUUUUCCACUUUAAUUUCAAUAGAACAAACACACAAUAUACAUAUAUGAAUGUGUGUCUGAAGCUGGAUUAGCAGGAGGACGCCAGGGACACAGAGAAGUGUUAGAAAAUUGUGUGCGCAGCUAAAUGAAAAAUUAAUUGGUUUUCAUUGUAACACCAGACCAUAACUGUGACCAGGGACAGACAAACCAUCAUCAUUGCCCAAACCGGCCAGUCAUCCCAAAACCCCUUGAAGCCAGGCAAGAAGAAACCUUUGAAAAAGGUCUAUCGCAGGCCCUACAGAAUCAAUUGACCUGUGUUGUUCUCACUGAGUGCGACAGCAGCAGCGGUCACCGCUUACGGGACAUGUGGUGUUGAUAACCUGCAUGCAGCCUCUGCUCAUGUCAUAAAUGUUACGGUUAAUGAUAAUUUAUUGAUGAUCAGGUCACGUAAGUGUAUGGUAUGAUGCCAGUCAGCAUCAUCAUUUGUUGGCAGCAUUACCUGAAUGGCAGCAAUGAAAGUGGGAAAACAAUGCAGGCAGGUCACUGAAUAGAAAAAGGAUGUCCAUGUAUAGAUAUAAAGUCUGAGAUGAUGUGGAAAAACGCAACAGAAUCACAUUAGACAUCAAUGAGUAAACAUCGCUGAAGCAGAAAAAAGAGCACAAGUGAUUUUUAACUCGAAAGAAGAAUCAUCGAAAAUAUAAAAUUAACUAAAAAUUAUGGCUCCUGCACAAAUUUUGGAUAUACCACAAACUCGAUACAAUUAUACACAUAAAAAAUUCCAAGGUAGUCGUUAUGCUCAUAAGAAAUUUGGAACCCGUACCCCAUCUCCCCCAAUCAUUCAACUGCCAUUGGAGCAAAACACUUCAGUAAAACAAACAUCAGAAAAGGAAGUCAACAUAAAAACCAGCAGUGCCCUGGCGCCACCCAGACAUAACACAAAAGCAACUACAAAUGAUAUCUUUAGACCAUAUGCCUUGGGAGAACAUACAUCAAGUAAACGCAAACACCAUGACAUGCAUCCUGAAGAUCAAUCACCGAACACUAAUGGAGUUAACAAAAGAUUUGCCUAUACGACAACAGUUUACCAAUCAGCAGCACCGCCACCAUCAACCCAGUCCUAUACUCUACCAUUUGCUCCCACAUUUUUACCUUUGCCACCUCCUCCCAGUUAUAGUAUGCAACAAUAUCACUUUAAUCCUCAAACAUUUGCCUUGAUGUUGCAAAAACAACAAGCUGCCCUCUGCAUGGGAGAGAUUUUAAAAAGGCAAACAAAUUUCUAUCCAUACAACAUUGUAGGGAAAUAGUUAAAGGAAGGAGUAAAAGGGGAAAUCUCUUUUUCGGGAUAAGGAUUCAUGGAAAUCAAUUGUGAUAUUUAUAAUCUUAACAUUCAAAUUAUUGUUGUUGUAGGGUUUUAUUUCAACCAGUGAUAUAUGAUUGUGUAAAGAAAUUUGAAAAAUUUUACUAUAAGUUUUAUAUUGUGUACUGCAUAAUUUUUUUUAGACACAUCUAUGUUUAAAAUUGUAUAUAUAAUUUCUAAAUUUUAUACAUGAUAAU